CCCUGCUCUACCUCUACUUACGUUCCACCGAAAUUUACAACGAUCAUCAUCAUGAAGUUCACGCAAGUCUUCGUCGCGGCCGCUAUGCUCGUUUCAGCUGUCCAUGCGGGCGUAGUAUCUAGCUCACUACUGCAAGCGACUCCUACCUCUUCGGGGCUUGCCCUCACGCGUACGUCGACGCCGUGGUCUUCUGCCCUCCCCCCGGCGGGCGGCUACGUUGUCGAAGGCAUCUACACGACCUGUGUUGCCUUUACUUUCGCAGCACCCGCUGAGCCUUCCGCUUCUGCCUCCCCGUUCUUCGGCAAGCGUGCCGUGAGCUCCAUCCAGGCACCCGUUAGCGCCAGCGCCGCACAGCCAAGCGUCAGCGUGGGCGCCCCCGCCUCUGUCUAG